AUGACUGAUGAGAAUACAACAUACGACUAUGUCACAGACUAUGAAGACCUGUCGUGUCGCAAAGAGGUCGGGGUGAAAGACGCAUCUAUUCCACUCCUUUUCAUUUCAGUGGUUGUGUUGAGCUGCAUCCGUGACAUCCUUUUUCUGGUUUUCCUUGCACUCCAUGAGAACCUUAGAUCCCUGACCAGUGUUUUUUUCCUCAAUUUAGCUUUGUCAAAUCUGCUGUUCACUUUUGGACUUCUGUUUCAUGUCUCGUACUACUGGGGUUGGACAUUUGGAGAGGCUUACUGUAAAGCUGAGAAGCUCCUCUUCUUUUUGGGCUUUUACAGCAGCGUGUUGUUCUUGACUCUAAUGACCGUUCAGCGUUACAUGGCAGUGGUUCAUCCUCUGUCCGACUGGAAGAGAUGCAGAGGCCUUUCUUUAUCUCCUUUUAUCAUCUGGAUCCUGAGUGGAACGGUUGCACUGCUUAGUUCAUUUCAUAGUGAAGUCUUGAUAGAAUCCGGCAGCCUAUACUGUGAAUAUGGCAGCAUUGAAUGGAAAACUGGCAUUGCUUAUUUUCAAAAUGCUUUUUUCUUCAUUGCAUUUGUGAUCAUGGGUUACUGCUAUGGCAGAAUGCAUCAGACGAUCACGAAAUCAUGGACUAAUAAGAGACACAAGACUGUUAGACUAAUAUUUUUUAUUGUGCUGGUGUUUUUUAUCGGUUGGGCUCCAUAUAACAUAGUCGUGUUCUUAAAAUCUUUGACCUUCUCUCCAUUCACAAACUGUGAAGUAAGCAUAAGACUCGACCAUGCUAAAUAUUAUGCAUGCCGAAUUUUAGCUGUUACACAGUGUUUUGUGCACACUGUUGUGUUUUUAGUUUUUGCAGAUGGAAGGUUCCGCAAUAGUUUAUGA